AUGUCGAUCUACAAAGGGCCAGUAAAUGUUCACAAAAGGGGUUUGACGUCUGCGAUAUAUGAUGUCCAUGGAAGACGUAUAAUAACUGCUGGUUCGGACGGGAAACUAAAAAUUUUUGAUUCACUUGAUGAUGAUUGUCCUAUGGAACAUAUUGUAGGCGAGAAAAUUAAUGCCAUUGCUUGUCGUUACGAAAAUGUCAUUGCGGCGACCGAAGGGACGUAUGUACAUAUCCUACAAAUUGAGGAUGGUCUUCCUGAUGGUGUAGCUACUCGAUUUACUGCUGAAGUUAAUCACAUAGCUAUCAAUAAAGAUCUUAAUAAACUUGUUCUAUGUAGCAGUGACUUCACCGUUAAGGUUGUUGAUUUCACAGUUUCUGAAGGUGACCGCGAGAUGGUUUUUAAGGGGCAUCAAGGAGCUGUUCUCAGUGUCUCUUUCGAUCCCCUUGAUGUGUUCAUCGCUUCUGCUUCGUGUGAUGGUAGUGUACGCAUAUGGAAUAUAAUGAAUGGCAAGGAAACGAAGUGCAUAUCAACCCUGGCGAAGUGCAAUGAUCCAUUGUUGACUCCGAGCUACUGUAGAUUGUGCUGGGAAAGUACUCUUGGGAAGUUCCUUUUAGUUCCGGUUGAUAAAGAAAUUCGUAUGUUUGAGCGUGAGAGCUGGGGCUUGCUUUGUUCGUUAACGUGUGCUUCCGUCACUCAACCGUUCAUUGUCUGUGCUUCUUCACAAGAUGGCAGUCUUGUAUCUGGCGGAACUGCUGAUGGAUGGAUUAUCGUCUGGAGAAUUGAAGAUAGACAUGCAAUUAACCGUAUUCGUGAUCCUUCUCAUAGUCGAAUUUGUAGUUUGGUUUGGCAUCCACAUCAAGAUAGAAAUUUAUUAUUUGCAAAUGAAAAUGGGUCAGUUGGACUUGUCAGUAUACCGUAUAUCCAGAUGUCUCCUACAGAUGCUUUAUCACCGAGUAAGAUAGCGGAAUUAAUGGGUUGCGAUGAAGAUGGUGAUACUGCUGAUCUAUUAAGUGCUGCUGCGGCACAGGCAGAAUCCAGCAGAUUUUUGGCUGAUGAUGAAAUUUCCAAUCUAGAUGUGAAGAUGGACAACAGUGAUUCAGACUCUAUAGACUUAUCUCGAAUUAAGUCUGGUUAUAUGACCCUCGAUGAUGAUGAUGUGGGCCAGAAACAAAAUGAAGUGAAAGUGGAGGUUAAGUCAGUUGCCCCUGCUAUAGAAAGCGGUAAAUGUAGUAACCUUCCAAUCCAAUCCUUGCAGAAACCUUUCCAAUCGGGAGCAACACCAGUUGGCUUUCGUGAACGUUUUAUGGUGUGGAACAGAAUUGGUAUCGUGACACAGUUUAGGAAUACAGGUGAUUUCGAUGAAGAAGAUGGAGCUUCAAAUCAGUCUUCUGGAGGAAGCAUAGAAGUGGAAUUUCAUGAUAACAGUCUCCAUCACAGCUUGCGAUUAUCCAACAGCUCUGGUUAUUCGAUGGCAGACCUAAGUUUAACUGCUCUGUUAUUGGCCUCUAAAGGUACCGAAGACUCUAACUUAAAAGAUUUGAACCAAGAUGAACAGCAUGAAUUAUAUGAUCUUAGUCGCAUUGCUGUGUUGCCCCUAGAUGUUGGUAAUACAAACGUUAGUGAUGCUUCUGCUGAAUGGACUGCAAAUCUCCCUCCUGGAGAAUUAUGUGAUGCUGUUUGUUUGGUUACAGAAACAAUUCCAAAUCGAACUGAGAGUCCUGGUUAUGCUGUUGUUGCUACAUCAAAGCGUUUAUUACGCAUUUUUACUCAGCCUUCUCCAUCCACGUCUAUAACACACUCAACAAAUUUGCAUCUUUUUCAAAUAACUAAGUUAGGUUUACCACCUGUUAGUCUUGCUGGGCAACAUACUGUUGUAAUGGCAAGUCAUCCUACAAAUCCUAUCCUUGGUGUAGUGACCUGUAAUAUGAUAGGAGAGUUGGAGUGGAGGGUGUUUUACCUAGGAGGAAUAUUGCUUGGAUCGAAUCGGACACCAGCCCCAUUAUGGAUGCAGAGUUCACUAUCCAUUUGGCAACCCUUACCUCUUAGCCCUCCGGAAAGACUUACUAUUGGUGACACUUCAACCGUUCGUUUAACCUGGUUCGGCUUUUCUGACACAGGAGGAUUAUUUAUGUGUGACUCGACUGGAGUUGUCCGACGUCUCAUUCACGGUCGUUCUCAAAAACACCCAGAAUUUCACUGGAUUCCUAUUUGUGACACACGAAACAUGCUAAAGCAAAACAAUAGGAGGACAGACAAUUAUUUUAUUGUUGGAGUUUUAGAGUCUUGUGAAUCACUGGAAAGUUUAUCUUCUGAAAACAAGAAAGAAUCUAAGUCGAAUGCAGCUGGAUUCGGUCAGUUACAGGCGAUAUACUGUAAAGCCUCAAAGUGGCCUAGAGUUUUCCCUCGUCCAGUUGUUUCAAAUUUACCGUUUCGUUUGCCACUCUGCUCACUGAAUACUGAUCAAGGUGAUUUAGAGGAAAAUUAUCUUCAGUAUUUGGUCAAUGAUGACUGGCCUGUUUGGGGGCCGAAUACCAAUGAUGCUGAUGAAGACAUAUUAUCACAUUUAUCUUCCUUGAAUACAAAGUCACUGACCAAAAGAAAGGCAGUUUUAUUGCGUUUGUUUGCUUUGGCAGCGAAACUUGAAUCGGAUUGGGCUAGUCUGGCAAUUGCUCACCUAAUGCCGGAUGCAGCAACUGUUCAGCUUGCUAUCAGGUAUGCUGGUCGGCUUAGGCGUCAAAAUUUAGCGCAUCGUUUGGCAGGUGUCGCCUUAGAGAAAGAACGACAGGUGUCAGAUUCUGUAGAAGAGGAUGAUUUGGACAAUGUACCACAAAAUUCAUCAUCUAAGCAAGUAUCUAACAGAUAUCUAAAUAACGCAUACAGUUAUACCUCUGUGAAUGAUCACAUGAAUGGCUAUUUGAAGAAUUCUAGACCUGUGGAGGAUUCUGGAAGUCACGAUGCUGUGAACACUUCACUUGUUAGUUCAGGCACUGAUGAUACAUACGACGAUGCUACUGUUGGCAGUCAACAUCUGGCAGAUUCAGAGUCUUUUUCUCAUUCUGCACUAACUCCUAGUUCUUCACGGAAUCCUUUUAAGUCAAUGCAUGGACCAAAAGAUUCUGCACCUCGUUUAAGUGCUCAUGGAACAGAGGUUUUAGAUGUGUGGACGCCAAAGGCGACUGAUCCUAACACAAAGAUUUCUCAAAAGUCUAAUGUUAACAAAACACAACAACAAAAUAAGAAACGCCAAGCAGCAGGGAAUCAACGUCCUAAGGUACAAAAAAGUAAACCAGCUGAUGUUGUAGACACUGAUCAAGAAUUUACUGAUUGGUUUGAAGAGAAUCGAGAGACACUCGAAGAAAGUUAUCCCGAAGUAUCUGUUGAGGAGCUUGUUCGAAUAGGCCGGUCAGAAUUUCUUACCGCAAAAAAUUCAAAAAACGAUCUGUGCAAUGAUGAAAGUAAAGACCCCACUACUGAUUCCAAAGAGAACAUACCACAAAAGUUUACUAAACGUCCUCCCAGUCAAGAUGAUGAUCUCAGUCCCAGUGUUUCAAAGAAAAAGCCUUCUGAUUUCGGGGUAAAAGCAUCCAAGAGAUUAUCUGCAUUUGCUUUCUCACAAAAUUCAUGA